AUGGAUGCUCAGUAUCCUUUCGCCUCCCGGGACGAUAUCUGGCGUGUCUUUGAGGAGCUGAAAGACCUUCAGAUAUCGAAUAUUGCGCAAGGGGAACGAAUCGCCCAGCUGGAGCGCCGGAGAGACGAGGAUGCACGUCUAAGAAGCCCUUGGGCUCCGACGUCGCCUUUUCCGAGUUCGGUAGGCACAUCAGCUCCAGACUCAUCCUUUCAUUCUCCUCCCGACGCCUUCAAGGGAUUUGACCAAGGUCAUCACUCCACCAUGACUACCUCCGCGGUGGCGUUUGACGUGGACGAAGAGCCUCGGCGCGGCACCUCUCGUGCGAAUAGCGUUCGCUUUGAUGAGAGCGCCAUUCAUGGAUAUGGCCAGACCAAUCGAACCAGCACCGAACUACCUAUUCGGACUGGCAGCGGCCUGAGCAGCCAUCCCCUCCUUGAGCGGACCUCUUCUCAUCAGUCCGACGGUGGCCACUCUCUCCAUUCUGCACGUACUAACAGCCUGCGCUUGAACACUACCCGACUGUCUGGUCUCAUCUCGCUUGAUUCUCCAACGAUCCCCCCGCCUGCUCUUUUCUUGCUUGGCCCUGUGCCUUCUAUCAUUCGCUGCUGGAUAAGUGACGACUUCACCAAUUCCUCUUUACUUUAUGCUGCUGUUUGCUCUGGCUCUUACAUCUCGCAGUUGAGCCUUACUUUGGUUCGCAAUCUUGGGAUGGAAGAUCUGAUCACGCACGAAGAUGAUGUAUCACAUAUCAAGCUCCCGGUUUAUCUUCCCGAGGCCCUUAUCCAUCAAGCCUCCUCGCGCCCUGGUACUCCUAUCCACCAAGUUCCUGCUGUUACAGUUCGCUUCAUCGUUCGCGAGGCUGAGCCCACCGACGACACCAUUCAAAUUAUUCUUGGAAGUGACGUGUUGCGCGCUCACAAUGCAAACAUCUGUUUCUCACUCGACAAGUUGAUCAUGGUGGAUGAUGACCGCAACCGUGUGUCUGUUCCUCUUGUGCGUCCUGAGAAGGACACUGUCUUUAAUAGACUUUGCACUUCUCCUAGUGCCUGCAAUCAGGAUCAGCUAGAAAGCCACACUAAUGGACAUGCCUCUCCUGGUGUCAUUCGUCCCCCUCACGGCCUUUCUAACAUUCCAUCCUCGACCUCUUUCUCUGCCAGCCUCCCAAUCAGUGCAAACGGUGGUCACCAGAAGCCACGCGCUAAUGGCGAUGACCUCACUGAAACUGCAGCACACGAGACUGCCACGAACGCCCAGACCACUGCACCCCCCAAGACGGACAAUAUGCCCCCCUGGACUUCGUGGAGACGGGAAACAAAGAAGGCCACCAAGAUACCCGACAAACGCGAGAUGAAAGUCUUCCGAACUGUCAAGUCCAGCGCUCGCACCACCCCUUCCUUACCUGGCAGCACCACAGACGGCAUUGCUGAAAAGCCACACUGCCACGCCGCCAAUCCACCCAACCCCUCCGACGUGGAUGCCCUCAACCCAGUCGGUGGUGCUUCGGCGUUUGGAUGGCUCAAUCCCGCCCAGCGAGGUUCAAACUAG